CUCGUUAUACUAAACUCCAGAUUUGAAUCAGGAAGUCUCCUCAUUCCUUCCAUCUCUCUCUCCCUCUCUCUUUUUAUCUGUUAUAUUUUGUGGGCAACUGCUUCCCCUUCAGCCUUCCUUCUUCCUUUUGCAUUUCAUUUUCAGUUCAAAAGUUGAAACCUCUUCAACUCUUUCAUGGUGCUGAAUUUCACACACACCUGAACCCAGAAGGAAAAAAACAAAAAUCUGAAAGUCCUCUUUCAUUUCCUUGUUUCUUUAUACAUUUAAUAUUGUGUUCUCCAACAGAGUUGCACAGACUCAGAUGAUGUCUCAGAAGCCAUUGCACCAGCUCCUGCAAGAAGAUCAAGAACCAUUCUUGCUCAAGAACUACAUUGCUGACAGACGUUGCCAGCUCAAGAAACCAUCUCCUAAAUCCCACUUACAAAUCAAGAAACGAAAGCCCAUUUCCGAUUCCUCUAACUUCCCUCAUAAUUUCUGCAGGAAUGCUUGCUUUUUCUCUGUUAAUAACUCUCCAGACCUCAGAAAAUCUCCUCUCUUUGAGUUCCAAUCUCCUUCCAAAAGCCCCUGCAAAACUCCCAAUGCCAUCUUCCUCCAUAUCCCUACGAAAACCGCAGCUCUUCUUCUUGAAGCUGCUCUUCGGAUCCAAAAGCAAUCAUCAUCUCCAAAAGACAAAAACCAUACUGGGUUUGGUUUAUUUGGGUCCUUAAUUAAGAGAAUAACUCAGAGAAAUAGAACCCGAAAGAGAGAAAUCAGUGGCGAUGGAGUUAAGGCUGCGUCGGUUAAGGACAUGAAGAGGUGGGAUUCUUCUCUUCCUCGUAUAAAUUUAUCCAAUGAAAGGGAAAACAAGCGAGGGCAAGCGAUUAAGGCUAAUGUACAUGAGAAGAGUGCUUGUGAUCAGAUGGGUUUUGCUUGCUCUUGCAAUGGUGGGCCAACUAGUGCCGUUUGGUCGGAAAGCAAUGAAGAAAAGUCCUGGGAUUUGGAUUUAGAGGCCUCAAGCAGUAGCCAAUCUGAUGCGGAAGAUGAGGAUUGUGUAGGAAAUUUUGAGUUUAUUAACAAAUUAAUAGUAGAUGUUGAUGGUAAUACUGAUUUUGCUUCUUAUGAAAAUCACUUCUGCGAAAGUCCUUUCCAUUUUGUUCUUCGAAGAAGCCCUUCCUCCGGUCACCGGACCCCGGUCUUCUCUUCUCCGGCCACCUCACCUAGUCGCUAUAAAACAGAGGGAAAACAGAGUAAUGACGUAGAAAGCUUAAAGAAAUUCCAAGCUCAUCAAGAAAAAAAUGAGGAAGAAGAAGAAGAAGAUAAAGAACAAUGUAGUCCUGUAUCUGUAUUGGACCCCCCUUUUGAAGACGAUGACGAUGGACAUGACGAUCAAAGCGAGGACGACGGUUUUGAUCUUGAAUGCAGCUAUGCAAUUGUACAAAGAGCAAAGCAGCAGCUACUGCAAAAGCUACGUAGAUUCGAGAAACUGGCAGAGUUAGAUCCGGUCGAACUCGAGAAAAUAAUGCUGGAGCAAGAAGAAGAAGAAGAAGGUGAUGAUCACAAUGGUGAUGUUAAUGACAUAGAAGAAGAAAUGAAAGGUGAAGAAAUGGACAGUUUAAUCAUUGAAGAACUCAGCAAAACAAGCUUCUGUCGUGUAAGAAAAAUCCCAAGAGACAUGAAGAGAUUAGUGUCUGAUCUCAUUAAAGAGGAAGAGACAGAACAAGAACAUCAUGUUGAAGACAGAGAAGCAAUGGUGAAAAGAGUCUGCAAGAGAUUUGAGUCAUGGAAAGAAGUGGAAUCUAACACCAUUGAUAUGAUGGUGGAACAAGAUUUUAAGAGAAGAGAAGAAGCUAAUGGGUGGAAAAAUUACAAACAGCAAGUAAAGGAAACAACAUUAGAGAUUGAACUAGGAAUCUUUGGAUUAUUGGUGGAUGAGUUGUCUGAAGAACUAGUUGGCUUAACUGGGAUCUAAUGCCAUUUUUGAAACUCCAAUGUUGUCUGAAUGAAUUUUGGUUCAAUUUUUUUCCCCUUUUUUAAAAAUUAAAUAUUAAUUAGAGUCUGAGUCUAGUCUAACAUCCACCAUGAAGGGAUAGGCUAAUUAGAAAAGAAGAUAGUGUGGGUUUUAUGUAUAUUUAUGAUGUAAGAAUGGGGGAAUUUGUCUGAAAUACCCUUUGCUUGAUGAGACAGCAUGUAAAAUUCCUGUCCUUUAAUAUUUUUAUAUAUAAAAAUAUGUAUAUUAGAUUUCUCC